CUUUUCCUAACAGCGUGACGUCAUCUGUAGAGCGACCGGAGGUUUCUAGGCUGUAGGAUGGCGGCGCCGCGUCAUAACGAGCGCGACGGCUUGUCUGAUCUCAGGAGGGAGAAGCAGAGAAAGUCCGGGAAAAUGGCUCCCUCUCCUAGCAAGCGUAAAGAGCGCUCUGAAGACCGGGCCAAAGAGCGAACCAAGGAGAAGGCCCCCAACAAAGAGGCAGGAGAGAAAGAUCGCGGGCGGGAUAAGACCCGGAAGAGGCGCAGCGCCUCUACUGGCAGCAGUAGCAGCAGUCGCUCGCGGUCGAGCUCAUCAUCCAGUUCUUCCUCGGGCUCCAGCUCUGGAUCAAGCUCAGGAUCAAGUUCUUCAUCUGCUUCAAGCCGGUCAGGCAGCUCCAGCUCAUCCCGAAGCUCCAGCUCCAGCAGUUCCUCCGGGUCCCCAAGUCCUUCCCGCCGUCGCCAUGACAAUCGAAGGCGCUCCCGCUCAAAAUCAAAACAGCCAAAACGUGAUGAAAAAGAGAGGAAGAGGAGGAGUCCAAGUCUGAAGCCCACCAAAGUGCACAUUGGGAGGUUGACGAGGAACGUGACUAAGGACCACAUACUGGAGAUCUUUUCUACCUAUGGGAAGAUUAAGAUGAUUGACAUGCCCGUAGACCGCCUGCACCCACAUCUCAACAAGGGCUACGCCUACGUGGAGUUUGAGGCUUCCGAUGAAGCUGACAAAGCCCUGAAACACAUGGAUGGAGGACAGAUUGAUGGCCAGGAGAUCACCGCUUCAGCAGUGCUUACUCCUCGACCCUUGAGGGUGGUGCCUCGAAGGUUCAGCCCUCCCCGCCGGAUGUUACCGCCUCCCCCUAUGUGGCGUCGUUCUCCCCCACGCAUGAGGAGGAGGUCCCGUUCUCCACGUCGACGCUCCCCUGUCCGCCGCCGCUCUCGGUCCCCUGCACGCCGUCGCCACCGCAGCCGUUCCAGCUCCAAUUCAUCACGGUGAAACUUCAUCUUCCCUCUGUCACAACACCCUUAUCCAGCAGGCCACCCCCCCACACAAAGACCAUUUUUAUUGACAGUACAGCCAUAACAAGGACUGUUAUACCGGACAACACGGCUGUAGCCUGACCCUCGAGGCAAUCCAGUAACACAUGGUGAUGGAGGACUUGACGUUGCCGAAGUGUCACCAUUUUGUAAGAAUAAGCAGAAAUCAGAGUUUUUCAAUGUUUUAGCGAGUUCAAAUUUUUAUUUUUUUCGUUUUCCCCCACAUUUGACCUCGCAAUAGUUACCAUACAUAAUUGCAUUUCCAAUAGUUGGAAAAAUGCUCUCUUUUACUUAUUAUUUAAACUGAGAUCUGCUCUCUAGACCUAGACCCGGGGUCGGCAUCCUCCGGCUGUUGGGAAAACAACAAAUCCUAGCAUCCUCCAUAUGUUUUCUAUAGGAAUUCAAAGUCCAGAUGAGCAAGUGUGCAUGCUGGGAGUUGUAGUUUCACCACUGCUGGAGGUUGCUGAUCCCUGCUCUAGACUGUCUGUAACUAACCCAAAUGGUGUCUCGCUCUGCACCCACAGUAACACUGCAUUUAUUAACGGGUGCUAUUCUGUACUGGAAAUGUGAGGGGUUACAACUCUAGCCAGGUAGUCUUCAUUCUCCACAGCUCUUCCCAUGGCUGUUGUGAAACUACAAUUCCCAGCAUGCUCCAUCCAUUUCUAUGGGAGUUCUGAGCAGAGCAAGUAUGCAUGCUGGGAGUUGUAGUUUCUUGACAGCUGGUAUGCCAGAGGAUGCCUAAGGCAUAAUGAAUCUAUAAAUGCAGCUGUUUGUGACUGACCCGCUGUAUAUCCUUUUAAAGGGAUUUUCCCACAAAGAACACUUAUCCCGCUAGUCACACGAGAGAGAGGGUCUGAUCGGCAGGGUCCCACCCGUGGGGGCCCCAUUGGUUUGUAUCAUCAUUUGCACGUGUCCCACUGUCGAUCUGUUCAAACUCUGGGAGUGCUGUACUUGCCAAUUAGUCCCAUAGAGUUUGAAUUGAGUGGCUAUGGGCAUGCGUGACUGCUGCUCCAUUCAGACGUGGGACCCCUCUGUUGUUGUGGUGGGGGGGGACCCGCAGCUUUCACUUUUUACCCUAUUGUGUGGAUGGAAGAUAAGUGUUCUUCACUGGAAGACCUCGUUAACGAAGCAGCAUUAUGUUAAUUGUGAUGUAAUAUUCAUAUUUGCAAACUGCCUUUCAGUGUCCAGUGGUUAUAAUGGAACAGCUAAGGGUGAUGGACGCCCAACCUCACCCGGCCACCAUGUUUCUUCCUUUCUUUGUCAUUUAUCACUUUAUCAAAAUGAUUUUUAGACAAAUGCAGAACUGUGAUUUGCAGGGAUCCCCCCCAAUGUUCCCAGAGCCUUUAGGGUGCAAUGUUCUGUAGCCGGGAGCUGUUAAAUAUUCCCAGUUGCUUUGUGUUUCCCGACCUUCAUAUAGAAGAAUAUAUUUGAAGACAGAACCUGUACAGUUGACGUUUUACAUUUGAUGUUGCAUUCUUUAUUUUGUAGUGUUUCAAUAUUUUUUUUUUUUAAAUGUCUGUUCCAUAUUUGUAAACUGAAAACUGUGGAUUAAACGGACAAUUUAUGGUG